AUGUACCUGAUAGGUACUCAUGUCUCAGUCUCUGGAAACAGAACUGAGACAUUCAUCUGUGUGGGUGCUAGACUUUAUACUCUUCGGGCCCAAUAUCAGCUCUCCCUCAUGCCUGCCCCUUCUCCCCUUGUGCUUGCACUCUCUAUUCAACAUCUCAUGCCUUGCCAUUGGCUCUCUUGGUCUUCUUUGACUCGGAUGAUUCGGAUAGUGCUGCCAUGGUCCAGUCCAGAACUGUGGUUCGAACCCGACCAACGUCUGUGUUGUCUGGGAUGGUUCUUCAUCGGUUCUGAACCUGUUCUGAAUGGUUCUGAACCUCAUGUUGUUAGUAUCUUUUCAGAUGUGAAGAUGAGUUCUGCUGUUCGCCUUACUAAUGCUAAAUACAACAGGAGCCUCAAGGAUGCAUCCGAGAUCACAUUCUACCAUGAUGCUGACAACGACAUCCCACUACCUCCAUCUGAGGCCUGUUACAGAGAUACAUGGAUGCGUGAGGCAAUCACGGCUCGUCAGAACAACAAUGCCAACCAUGCUCACAACCCUUGCAAUGAGCUCACUGCAUAUUUGACAUCACCAUUGGAUAAAGUUGUAGAUAUUGUUGUGUGGUGGGGGUAUCCGACACUUGCUUGCAUUGCACGUGAUUAUCUUCCCAUCCAGGAGAGUGCAGUUCUGUCUGAGCAAGCAUUCUCUAGUGGGGGCAUCACAUCUACCAUCUGUCUUCACGUUCGAACCCUGAUAGAACCGGACACGACUGUUCUGAACUGUUCUCAUUGGUUCGGUUCUGUGUUCAAUGACAUGCCCUGGACUGGACGCAGUGCUAGAUUCGGACAACAACAAGCCAUUCAACAAAUCCUAGCGGGUGAAACCAAGAUAAAGACUGUUGCCUUCGACAGCAUGUUUUUCAGCUCCCAAGGAUGA